AUGGCCACCUCAGCCACCGGCUCCUCGUCUGGACCAAACGAUCAUCCCACGAACGCUCCUUUCCGGUUCGCGGCGUGGAGGCCCGUCGACAAAUGGCCUGAACCACAAGCUAUCAACCAUCUCGACGAGCGACAGGUUGUGGAGUUAGUCGGCCGAGAUUUGGUCGCGAUUGUUCAAGUGAAUUUGCAACUCCAUGACACCAUUACGCAUUUCCUACAUCCUGACCUUUCUUCUACCGAGGUCUGCAAGAAGUAUAAGAAAGAGGGUAACGAUCUCCACCGUCAAAUGUUGUACUCAGUGGUUCUACAGCACAAAGAAAUUCUGAAGCCUGCGCUGGACUGGUGUGAGAAGGUGGCCUUACCGCCUGCAAAGGUGGUCUUACCGCCUGUAGAGGUGGCCUUACCGCCUGUAGAGUCGGAAGAGGUGGCCGCACCGCGUAAGAAGUCGAAGAAGCCAUUGGUUGUCAAGCCGCUGGGCCGCGAUCUGCUUCACCUUCCAUUCCAAAUCAGGGGCCGCAAGAAGGAUGGAGUAUUCCCUGUGCUUCUACCAGUCAAGAAAAAGAACCCGCCGCGAGUUGCCUUGAUUCGCGACUUGGUGGACGAAGCUAAGGAGUCCAUAAAAACGCUGACAGAGUCUAUCAACACGCUUUGCGCCACCAUGAAGCGCCGUGGCCACGAAGUCCCAGACAAGGCUAAUACGUUUCCGACGAGACUAGCAAGGGAGAUCUUGCUGAUCCUCGCCCUUUAA